GACAAGGACAGGGUUCACACAACUCCAGCUCAGUCACAGUUGAGAAUCGAUCGAGCGAGGUGGUCUCUGUUCUUGGAUUAAGUGUUAGUGUGCAUUGAUGAGUGAGUUGAGUGGUGGUGCGUGGCGGGUUAGGGCUCGACUAUCAUGAUGAGAGAGUGAAAACCCGUGGAACAAUGCGGACCAGCUCGUUGGUGUUUCCACUUCUUCUGGGCGCCGUUUUCGGCGUCUUGACGGCUUCUUUGAGCAAGGCGCUGAGGUACCAGGCUCCGGACGAGUGCAAGUGGAUGGCGGUGACCAGCUCGGGCGAAGAAGAAGUCUCCAGCGCGACAGAACCUGACCAAGAAGUCGCGUUGAUCUGCCACCUCAGAACGAUUAAUUCCGAGUUGGAGAACACCAAUUUCAGCGUGAUCCAGUCGCAGUAUACCGUGCGGCUUAGGAUAAUAUGUGCGGAUAUGCUCUACUUCCACAGCGCCUUGACUCCCGGGAGCCUGCAGACGUUGACCGACCUGAAAGACCUGUCCAUAGAAUACUGCAAAGUCGCCAAUCUCACGAGCGGCGCGUUUAGAGGUCUGAGGCAACUGAGGAACCUCACAUUGAGGACCCACAACACGGAUUGGUCUCCGGUCUCACUUGAAAUCUACCCGGGCGUGUUUACGGAAGAGCUCGGAUUGCUAGAGCGUUUAGAUUUAAGUAUAAACAAUAUUUGGAGUUUACCGGACGGGGCUUUUUGCCCCCUUCACAGUUUACAGUUCCUUAACCUGACGAGAAACAGGCUUAGAGAAGUUAAUAAUUUACGAUACGGGAGUUCGAAUUCGCAGAGGUGCGGCGUAAAUUUACGGACUUUGGAUUUAUCGAAUAACAGUAUAGAUUCAUUAUCUGCGGGAGUGCUGUCGAAAUUGUCCCGUCUCCAGGAGUUGCACCUGGAAAGCAAUGUCAUUUCGUUUAUGGCGGAUCACGCUUUGGACGGAUUGACCUCGCUGACGUACUUAAAUUUAGCGGAUAACAAACUAGUCAAUCUUCCGCCAGAGAUUUUCUCCGACACGAGAGAAUUGAAGGAACUUCAUUUGCAAAACAAUUCAAUUAACGUUCUUGCCCCCGGGCUUUUCUACGGACUCAGUAAUUUGUUAGUGUUGGAUUUGUCCGAGAACGAGUUGACGGAAGAAUGGAUUAACGGUGCCACGUUCGCCGGACUUCUCCACCUCGUCAUCCUCAGCAUAUCAGGUAAUAAUAUCGUCAGAUUAGAAAUGUCAGUUUUUAGAGAUUUGUACAGCUUGCAAAUUUUGAGAUUAGAAGAUAAUUUGAUCGAAUCCAUUGCUGACAAUACCUUCAUUUCUUUAAACAAUCUUCACACUUUGUCACUUUCGAACAAUAAACUGACGAAAAUCGACAGCAAUACGCUCAGCGGCCUAUACGGGCUCAACGUCCUUUCUUUGGAUAGCAACAAAAUACAAUACAUCGACCCGGAGUCCCUUAGAAAUUCGUCCGUCCUCCAGGAGCUGCAUCUGAAUAGCAACAAACUUCUAGAUAUACCUGCCGUACUUUCUGACGUACCCCACCUGAAAACCUUGGACUUGGGAGAUAAUUUAAUAACAGAAAUACUCAACACAUCGUUUACCAGCAUGCGCGAACUGGUCGGCCUACGUCUCAUCGAGAACAACUUGACUAAUAUAGCGAAAGGAGUUUUCGACAAGAUGCCCUCUUUAAAAAUUCUCAAUCUAUCGAGUAACAAAUUAUUAAAGGUAGAACCGGGCAGUUUCGACAAGAAUAAAAAUUUACUCGCCAUUAGGCUGGACGGAAACUAUUUAACGGAAAUUAAUGGACUUUUUGGAAAAUUGCCUAAUUUGGUUUGGUUGAACAUAUCCGAAAAUCUUCUACAGUGGUUCGAUUACGCGCAUAUCCCGACUGGCUUACAAUGGCUGGACAUCCACAGCAAUCAAAUUACCGAGCUGGGUAACUACUUUGAAAUCGAAAGCCAAUUACACCUGACUACCUUUGACGCCAGUAACAAUAAACUAGCCGAAAUUACAGGGAGUGCCAUCCCGGACAGUGUCGAGAUACUCAAUCUUUCUAACAAUCUUAUCUCCAAAGUCCAAUCUUAUACUUUUUUCAAGAAGCCCAACCUGACCAGGGUAGAAUUAAUCGGGAAUAAAAUUAAAAGCCUAACUCAAAACUCAUUAAGGAUAUCGACGAUCCCUCCAGGAAAGCAAUUACCGGAGUUCUAUAUCGGAGGUAACCCUUUCCAAUGCGACUGUACGAUGCAAUGGCUUCAACAAUACCCUGGUGAACAACAAGAACGAAAUAAGCCCCGUCUGAUGGAUCUAGAUUCAGUUAUGUGCAAACUUCUCUACAAUCGCGUUAAUACGUAUGUGUUGUUAAAAGAAGCGACUCCGGACCAGUUUCUCUGUCAAUACGAAUCGCACUGUUUUCCGUUUUGUCACUGUUGUGAUUUCGACGCAUGCGACUGUGAAAUGACGUGCCCUACCAAUUGCACGUGUUACCAUGAUUUGUCAUGGACAGCGAACGUCGUCGACUGCAGCAGUUCCGGCUAUGUAAAUAACUUACCGGAUAGAAUCCCGAUGGACUCGACGCAAUUGUACCUUGACGGCAACGACAUCAAAGCGGUCGGCAGUCACAGUUUCAUUGGGAGGAAAAAAUUGCAAGUGCUGUUCCUCAACUCUUCAAACGUCGAAAUUAUCCACAACAUGACGUUCAACGGGUUAAAAGAUUUGGUGAUUUUACGCCUGGAUGAUAACAAAAUACAAAAACUCAACGGUUUCGAAUUUGAAGGACUGGAAAAUCUGAAAGAACUGUACUUACAGAGAAACUACAUAACCACUAUCCACAACGCGACGUUUGUGGGACUUUUACAAUUGAGGAUUUUAAGAUUGGAUCAUAAUAGAUUAGCCAAAUACUCCGUUUGGCAGUUAUCAUCGCAUUUAACGGAAAUCACUAUUGGUGUCAAUCCGUGGUCUUGUGACUGUGAGUAUACAGAAAGGUUCAAAGAAUAUCUACUUUACACAGGAAGUGCAAUAAUAGACGUUAACUCAGUCCGCUGUUACAACGGGUCGGAAAAUGACCCGGGAUUUUCGAUUUUGCGGGACAACAUCACUUGUGUUCAGGAGAGCAUAAGCAACUUCAUCGAACCUCCGGUCAACGGAAACUACACCUCAACGACUAUAAUCCAGAGGCAGGAAAUUCAAGACUACAUUCCUUUGUUGGUCGCGACAUUGGCGGUGUUUUUCGCAGUGAUAGUGUUCACUUGUCUGAUAUUCAUGUACAGGCAAGAAAUGCGCGUGUGGUUCCACUCCAAAUUUGGAGUGAGGCUCUUUUACCGAACGAGUGACAUCGAAAUGGACGAUCGGGAUAAACUUUUCGACGCGUUCGUUAGUUACAGUGCGAAAGACGAGGCCUUCGUGGCCGAAGAACUCGCGCCGAUGCUCGAAGGCGGAGAUCCGUCCUACAAGCUCUGCCUUCACUACAGAGAAUUUCCCGUAGGCGGUUUUUUAGCAGACACGAUAGUCCAGGCGGUGGAAUCUUCGAAGAGGACAAUCAUGGUUCUUUCGGAGAACUUCAUCAAGUCGGAAUGGUGCAGGUUCGAGUUCAAAUCCGCCCACCACCAAGUCCUGAGGGACCGACGACGAAGGCUCAUAGUCAUAGUCCUUGGGGAGGUCCCUCAAAAGGAUUUGGACCCCGACAUCCGGCUCUACCUGAAGACCAACACUUACCUUCAGUGGGGCGACAAGCUUUUUUGGGAGAAGCUCAAGUUCGCGUUGCCGGACGUGCCGAACAACCAAAGGCCGAAGAGCAACCAUCUUCACGGAAGACAUGCUGUCCAUCACCACGUCCAUCGGAACCAUAGUAAUCCCAGGUCUGUUGCCAUUCACAUUUAGUGAUCUGUGAUAAUAACUGUCCCUCGAAGUGUAAUUUAAUAAAAUGUAUAGCUUAUUAUUUAUGUAAAACUCUUCUGUACAAACUUUGUAAAUAGCCAGAGUAUUAUUUUAUUUAACGGAAAUAUCAAAAAUCAAGUCACUAAAUAUGUAAAUUUUUUGCCAGAUUAUUUAUUUUUCCUUUAUUAUUUCUGUUGACGCGUAAUGCUAUUCUAGCGUAACGUAAAAAAGUUUUACAGUGAAAAAAAAUGUAUAAAACAAACAAUUAUUUCGUUUUUUGUGUAAAUUCGUGUAAA